CACAUAUAUACAUCUGAGAGUCUUACGAGAGUUCCGAAAAUUAAUACGCGAAUGUGCGCAUUUGGUUAUUUAUUGUUUUUUGCUUUAUUGCUAACAACAAUUUUGGUGCUAUCGAUCAUUUUUGCCACCUCUUCGAAGCGUUCUAUGAUGGAUAGUUUCAUAUUAGUUUUCAAUUACACACAAGAUGAACAGCAGCAGCAGCGACAACAACAACAGCGACUACAUCAGGAGGAGGACUUACAACAGCAACAGCAGCAGCAACAUCAGCAGCAGCAAUUUAUCUACAAGCCGAAAUUAUUUUGAGUUUUAUGUCCUGUUUUUUCCAUUCCCGAUUUAAUUGGACUCCACUGUGCGCGAGUUAAAGAAUUUCGUUAGUCGUGUGAAAAACUGUGCGGCAAUAAGUGCUGAAAAUGUAUGCGAAAUAAAACUGUUAAUAAAACUGAAAACACACUAAAAAUUAUCGCAAUAAUUCACAAUAAUACAAAUUAUAAAAAAAAGUUAAUUAAAUAACAACAAUUGGUCAUAAUAUGAUCAAGUCAAAGGACUUUGCCUAAGUUAAAAUUCAAGUGCAAGCCAGCUUUUUAUUUGGCUUUAAUCCGGAGUAAAG